GGUUUUCAUUGCGGUUCAGACCAAAGACGUGACAGGACUGAAACCAGUUGUGUUGACCAGCAGCCAUGGCGUUCAGUAAAGGAUAUCGCGUUUAUCACAAGUUGGACCCGCCGCCCUACAGCGUGAUUGUGGAAACAAGGAACCACAACGAAUGCUUGAUGUUCGAAUCCGGAGCUGUGGCUGUGCUGUCGGCGGCGGAGAAGGAGGCCAUCAGGAACACAUACACCAAAAUGCUGGAUGCUUAUGGCAUCCUUGGUGUUCUUCGUCUCAACCUUGGAGACGCCAUGCUGCACAGCCUCGUGUUAGUGACCGGGUGCAGCUCAGUGGGGAAGGUUCAGGAUUCCGAAGUGUUCCGGGUCACGGCCACAGACUUCAUCUCUCUGAGGAACGACCCGUCGGACGAGGACAGGAUCGCAGAGGUGCGAAAGGUUCUGAACUCCGGGAACUUCUACUUCGCCUGGUCCUCCACCGGAGUGAGCCUGGACCUCAGUCUGAACGCACACCGCAGGAUCCGAGAGGAUACGUCCGACAAUCGCUUCUUCUGGAACCAGUCUCUGCACCUGCACCUGAAGCAUUACGGCGUGAACUGCGACGACUGGCUGCUGAGGCUGAUGUGCGGCGGCGUGGAGAUCCGCACCAUCUACGCCGGGCACAAGCAGGCCAAGGCCUGCGUCAUCUCCCGCCUCAGCUCCGAAAGGGCGGGCACGCGAUUCAACGUGCGCGGCACCAACGACGACGGACAAGUGGCCAACUUCGUGGAGACGGAGCAGGUCAUUUUCCUGGAUGAUAAAGUCUCCUCUUUUAUUCAAAUCCGCGGCUCAAUUCCGUUGUUCUGGGAGCAGCCAGGUAUUCAGGUCGGCUCCCAUCGCGUCAAGCUGUCCCGUGGAUUCGAGGCCAACGCGCCAGCUUUUGAGAGGCAUUUUACAGCUCUGCGGCGGCUCUACGGUAAACAGCUGAUCAUAAACCUGCUGGGAAUGAAAGAGGGCGAGCACAUGCUAAGCAAAGCCUUCCAGAGUCACCUGAAGGCCUCGGAGCACGCCGGCACCGUGAAGAUGGUGAACUUCGACUACCACCAGAUGGUUAAGGGAGGGAAGACGGAGAAACUCUUGACCGUACUGAAGCCGCAGAUCAGCAGGUUCCUGGAUGAUUGUGGCUUCUUUUAUUAUUCCGCUGAGACUGGGAUCGAGAGAUGUCAGAGUGGAACCACAAGAGUCAACUGUCUGGACUGUCUGGACCGGACGAACAGUGUCCAGGCCUUCUUCGCACUUGAGAUGCUGCCUCAGCAGUUAGAGGCCAUGGGUCUUACAGAAAAGCCCCAGCUCGUGGCGCGCUUUCAGGAGGUCUUCCGCACCAUGUGGUCAGUCAACGGAGACUCGGUCAGCAAGAUCUACGCAGGCACAGGGGCUCUGGAUGGAAAAGCGAAGGGUGGAAAGCUGAAAGACGGGGCCCGGUCGGUCACCAGGACCAUCCAGAACAACUUCUUCGACAGCUCCAAGCAGGAAGCGAUCGAUAUCCUGAGACUGGGCAGCACUUUAAACAGUGACCUGGCUGAUAAAGCUCGAGCCCUCCUGACCACCAGCAGUCUGUACGCGUCUCCCAGGGUGCUUUUGGGCAUGUGUCAGAAUCACCACAAAUACACCCGGCCCAAAAAGAUCCGCGUGUGCGUGGGCACGUGGAACGUCAACGGGGGCAAGCAGUUCCGCAGCAUCGCGUACAGGAAUCAGACCCUGAACGACUGGCUUUUGGACGCACCUAAGAAGGCGGGCCACCUCGAGGUCCAGGACAGCAAAGUCCAGCCUCCAGACAUCUUCGCCAUCGGCUUCGAGGAAAUGGUGGAGCUGAAUGCUGGCAACAUAGUCAGCGCAAGCACCACUAAUCAGAAGCUGUGGGCGGCCGAGCUGCAGAAGAGCAUCUCGCGGGAUCAUAAAUACGUCCUGCUGGCUUCAGAGCAGCUGGUCGGAGUCUGUCUGUUCAUCUUCAUCCGGCCCCAACACGCCGCCUUCAUCAGGGACGUGGCCGUCGACACGGUCAAGACCGGCAUGGGCGGCGCCACUGGGAACAAAGGGGGCGUGGCCAUCCGCAUGCUCUUCCACACCACCAGCAUAUGUUUCCUCUGCUCGCACUUCGCUGCCGGCCAAUCGCAAGUCAAGGAGCGGAACGACGACUACAACGAGAUCAGUCGCCGGCUCUCGUUCCCUAUGGGUCGUUUGCUCUACUCCCACGAUUACGUGUUUUGGUGUGGGGACUUCAACUAUCGCGUCAGCCUGCCCAACGAGGAGGUGAAAGAUCUGAUCAGGCAUCAGAACUGGGACGCCCUUAUAGCAGGGGACCAGCUCGUGGAACAGAAGAACGCCGGCCAGGUAUUUAAGGGCUUCAUCGAAGGAAAGCUGGACUUCGCUCCCACCUACAAGUACGACCUCUUCUCCGACGACUACGACACCAGUGAGAAGUGCCGCACGCCUGCCUGGACCGACCGCAUCCUCUGGAGGAGAAGGAAGUGGGAUUUUCAGAAAACUGCUGAGGAGCUGGACCUGAACGUAGUUGGAGCUCCACUAGACGAGGACGGCGAGCAUCCCUGGAGCCCUGGAGAGCUGAAGUACUACAACAGAGCCGAGCUCAAGACUUCAGACCACAGGCCAGUGGUGGCCAUCAUAGACGUGGACGUCCUGGAGGUGGACCCGGUAGCGCGCCACCAGGUGUACAAAGACGUCAUCGCCCUGCAAGGGCCACCGGACGGCACCAUCCUAGUGUCGCUGUGCAGCUCGGGCCCCGACGACUACUUCGACGAUGCUUUGAUCGACGAGCUGCUGGACAAGUUCGCGACCUUCGGCGAGGUCAUCCUGAUCAGGUUUGUGGAGGAGAAGAUGUGGGUGACGUUUUUGGAAGGGUACUCCGCACUGGCUGCGCUCUCACUGAGUGCGUCCACUGUUCUGGGGAAAACUAUUGACAUCCGUCUGAAGAGUCCCGGCUGGAUCAAGAGUCUAGAAGAGGAGAUGAGUGUGGAGAGGAUCUGCGGCAGCGUCCCCACGUCUGCCAGCUCCACGCUGCUCGCCGAGGACACCGACAUGGGAGACGAGUUCGAUAUGGAGGGUGACGUGGAGGAAGAGUUGGAGGAUAUUCUCCCCCAGCACCUGCAGCCAGGUUUGGGCAUGGGCCCGAGCACCUCCCCCGCUGCCUCGCCUCGCACCAGCCCCUGCCCCUCGCCAACCCACGGAGAGCCCGCGCCUCCCUGCAGGCCCAGCAGAGCUCCUCCGCGCACGGCCGGACCCCCUCAAGGUUCUCCAUUCGAUAAUCAAGCAGCGGGAGCUCCAGUGUCUCAGGGACUGGAACCGAAACGCCCCCCUCCGCCACGGCCGAAUGCCCCCCCAGCCAGACCCGCACCUCCACAGCGUCCCCCACCUCCUUCAGGACAAAAAAGCCCUGCUUUACCCAGAGCAGAUGUUGCCGGACGAGGCCAGCCUACAGGAGCUCCGGGCGGCUCAAGACCGAACAUCCCUCCUAGGGCAGGAGUUAUCAGCAGGCCUCCUCCUCCGGCUCAUCCUGGAGCACCAAGACCUAUAGCUGAGGUUCACCCCGGGGCCCCCAGACCCACAUCGGACAACCACCCCGGAGCUCCUAGACCUGUCCCGGAUCCACAGAACAAACCAGCGGAUCUGCCUCUGGCUCUUCCUCCCGCGAUUCCCGGUCCCGUCAGGCCUCAGAUGGUCUCUCCCGUGCAGCCUCCAGCCACUUCCCCUAUACGGCCUCCGAUCCAGCCCCAGCUGCCCCCUCCCAUGAUACCCACUCUACCCCCACCCAUGGUGCCCACAUUGGCAGCCCCCAUGCAGCCUCAGCCAGCUGCCACGGGAACGACAGCCGCCACGCCAGCUCAGCCUGGCCUGGCGUCACCCAAACCGCCGCCCCGCAGCCGCUCCACCCACGCCUUGCCACCGGAGGCAGCUCCUGCUUCUGAUUCUCAGAACUGGACAAACGGCAUCCAAGUAGAAGCACAAAUGACGCCGGACCCCCUGGAUUCUCUCCUCUCCUCCAGUCCUUGGUUUAUCACCCAGUCCGUGUCCAGAAGCUCCUCGAUCCACAGUUCCGUUCCCGUUUCCUCCCCGUCCACGUGCUCGCGCUCCCUGAAUUCCACUCCGCUUCCUACGUUCUCCCAGCCGGACCGGACGCCGAACCCCGCCGACCCCUCCCCUGCUCUGCUGGCGCCGCCCCCUCCCUCUCGCAGCCGCUCGCAGGAGGUCCUCCCCGUCUCCUCGAACCCGUUCGUGACGGACCCCGACGUCCAACCCAGACCCAGCAGCACCAACCCUUUCUCCGGCAGAUCCGCAUCGCUACAGCAGCGCUCGCUCACGCCCGACUUCGACGUCGAGCCGGGACUGCGCGCCUCCACCCUCCCUCCGUCCCGCGACGCGACCCAGCGCGUCCAGCAGUGGGUGACCUUCGACGAUGACGAUUCGGGAUUGAAAUUUACGGUCAAAUCUCCACCGUCGAACGCGCUCACAGGGCCCAACCAGCAAACACAGAACAGCUAUUCGGUAUUCGGGUCUGACCCUCGAACCAACUGGCCGCCCCUCACCACACCCGCAUUGCCCUUAUUGCCCCCUCCUGUGGCAGUCAGGACCAAUCCCAGCAUAACCCCAAGGAACCCCCUGAUCCCGGAGUUUACAGAAAGAUAAUAAUGUAUGAUGUAGUGUUGUGCUGAAUGGGACGUGUGUGUGUGUGUGUGUGUGUGUGUGUGUGUGUGUGUGUGUGUGUGUGUGUGUGUGUGUGUGUGUGGUGAUCAGACAGAAUCCUGUAUUUGUUUGUACCGUGUCCAUGGUGUGCUGUUUUACUGAAAUCGAGAAACACGGCGGCUCCUUUCUGACUGAAUAACGGUCCUGGUACCUGUAUCUAUACGAAAAUAUAUGAAUAUACAGUCACACAGGGACGUGUGUGAGAGAUUGUGCAAUAUUAAUGCGUCUUAUUUUCAGUUUUAUGCAUUUUUGGCCACCGGUGCGGAAAACUAAAGAAAUUAAAGAAAACUGCACUUACUUAUAACAACUCCUAGAUAUUUUAAACUCAGAUUCUUUCUGGAUUUCCUGUCAUUAUGAAUGUAUCUUUAAUCGGUUUUAAUUUCUACAAUUCCACCACACAGCGUAUCGUAAAUAUGCAUUCCUUCUGUAAUAGGGGUGUAGCGAUGCAAAGAUUCUGCGCAUAUUGCAGUCUGUAGAUUCAUUUUAAUAAUCAAGAUAUAAAAAAACACCAAUAAAAUCCCCCUCCUCAAGCACUGGACUGUAGAUUCACCAGACUGCAGGGGUAAAGCAUUCGUACCUGUACUGGUGUUAGUGCUCAUCAUGCGUUCACACUGUGGGAUUAGUGCUUAGCUAAGAUAUCGGUGAAUGCACCACAUGAGCAGAUAAAUUAAUUCGAACCCUUUGCCCACAUUUGAUUACGAUGCACCAGGUCGAAUCAUUAAAAAGCAGCACCUUUCAUUUUGUGUGUGUGUUUUAUAUCACCACUAUGUACUGUGUAGCUACAGUGCAGUGCAUCCUGCUAUUUAAAGCUGAUAAAAUGUGUCGCAGAGGAAAAUAAUAACCUGUACACGAACGCCCCCUUGUGGAGGCUUUAUGCCACAUCUUGUAAACCACAGUGAGAGUAAGAUGCAUUGCUGCAUUGUUUUGCCUGGGUUGGAAAAAAAGAUCAUAGACAAAAUGUGGGUAGUUUGUUCUAGAGUGCCAUCAAGUACCUGGUGUUAAUUCCGUCCCUUUCGUCCCAUUUCUAAUUUAAACGCGCACAAAAGCCCGGAUUGAAAAUGCUUCCUACAGCAUUGGGGGCGCCUAUGUAAAGAAGUAAAGCUUCAGCACUAUCAUCAGGCAUGUCAGAAUCGUAUUAUCAUUAUUAAUACAGAUUUCCACUGUAAAUGCAGGAUCCUGUAAUGCAUUCCAAGUUCAAACCUAAUGUACCUAAUGUAUCGCAGCACCCCUAUUGUGUAUGGCUAUACUCUAUAUUCUGUACUCUGUGUAUUCUUCUCUGUAUCUCUCUAGACUGACGUGUUUUAGUUGUAAAUAUAUGUACAUUCAUUGUGGUCUAUAGAUAAAUAUAUUCUCUCUUAAUUAAUAUAUUCCUGACAUACUUGUAUUACACUGAAAAAGCUCUCACGCUUAAGGUCUUUUAAUCAUAAUUUUUUUGGAGAGUGCUGUGUGUGCUCGUGUUCCCGUACACCGGCUCACCCCGUCCUGCCAAACCUCAUCCAAAGCUUGGAAUAGUCCGCCUGUGCGUUUACAGAAUGUGCUUAUUUUAGUGAGUUCUGGUGUCGGUGUUCUUACUCUCAUGUUUCUUCUUUGGUACUUCACUGGAAAACGUUUAUUUAUUUUAAUAUACUUGGUGUGUUCUGAUGGGUGUCGUCUGUCUACAUAUAUGCACUGUGUGUGUGUGUGUGUGUGUGCGCACUUGUUUGUGUUUUGGUGAGGUGCUGACCCGCGGUUCCAUUGCACGGCAGGUUCGAUUUAAUUAACCAGCCUUUUGAAUAUGUGUGGCGUCUUCAAGCAUGUUUAAACACGCACAGCAGAAUAAAAAGACAUAUCACUUGCACUCCUCGAUCGAUUAGCACUUGCCCGUGCUGACACUGUUAAUACUCGGUGUCGUUUGAGGAUUAGAUGUGUAUUAUAACGAGCACAUUCCGUCCCGUGUUGCUCCGUUUUGAUCCUGGAAUUUGCUCUCGGGCGCAGAUAUUUUUUCCUGGUAUUUGGGGAAGGCUGGUUCUCGUGCAGUGUUCAUCGUGCCACUCUUAUUCUUCGUUCGGGUGUGGGUAUCGCUGCUGAUCUGAGUUGUAGAGUCAUGUGCAUACUGGCACACUUUGGGUUCAUGGGGAAUUUCUGUAUAAUAACGGCAGUUAUCUGCUAGGUGAGCAAGGGUAGCGGAGACGUCUUCUACUGUGGGUUUCCUCAGUCUGUAUUUUCAAGUUUCAUUGCGUCGUGAUGAGAUUUUAGGGGUUUUUUUGGUGUCUGAAUGUUUAUAGUAAUAGUAAAACGACUUUUCAUUUUUAGUACGACCCUCCUCCGUGUUUUGCUUCACGUAGAGGAGGUUUGCUUGUUGAAUAUUAAUGGAAAGGCCCUCUUUGGUCAUUACAAGACUUGAGCGGUGACACAUUAUCAACCAUUAAAUAAAAGAUUUCUGAAAUAAAGUCUGACUGAAUGUGAGUAAAUGUGUUUUUAUUUGAGCUUCUGGGUGAAAAUCAUAACCACUGAAAAGUAUAAGCAUUACUUUGUACUUUUAAUGUGUAUCCAGCUAACUAAAAUAUCAAGCCGAGGUUUAACUAUUCAUUCCUUUCGUGAUGUUCGUAACUUCAGCUCAGUAGUAUAAAGAUUCGUGUUAAGCGAUGUGUAGCGUGACUGUAAGUAUAAACACAAACCAUGACUGCAAUUCAGUACUUAGUAUUUAACUUGUAAUCCGAGGUCAUAUCAAGUUGCACAGCUGUAUGGAGUAAUCGGUGUCGUGCGUAUGCAAUAAUAAAUGGACAUGGACAUGUA